CAUACUCUUAUCGCACGCCGGAUGUUGUACACCACGAUCUCGAACUUUCAUUCGAUACGAUCUGCGCACUACUGUACAAUGAAGAAACGGGAACUGCCGUUUAUCGCCGAAGCCUUUCACUGUGGAGAUCCGAUGGCGGGGUGUCGUGCUGCAGCGCUCUGGUAGAUUCAUAGGGUGAGUAUUUCUUCCUUACAGACCGUAUGUGCCUACCAUUUUCGCAACUCUACGCUCCUGGAUCGCUUCCAUAAAUUCUUCGGCGUCUUUUCCAGUCUUCCAUUGCCUGGGCCCUACGACGCCAUGUUUCCACGUUUCGCACUGCCCUGUUGGCUGGCAGUCUUGUCAUUCGCGCUUUCAGUCGCGUCGCGUGUAACAUCAGAGACCAAGGACUUGUUUGUCGACGCUGAUCUUUUUGAAGCGAUUGACGAUACUGCAGCCCUACUUCUCGCGUGCACUUUGCCGAAUACAAACCUCCUCGCCGUCAAUAUCAACGUCAACUCGACAUACUCUGCCUUCGCUGCGUCGGCAAUCGUGAACCACUAUGGUUAUUCCUCGGUUCCGAUUGGGCUGCCCAGACCCUACACGAACAUUAAAUCCCCCGAACCAUUUGGAGGAGAAUAUGCAAGCAAGGUCGCUGCUGGAUGGUCCGGUGGCUCGGUACCCAAUGGGCAGGUUAACAAGACCUGGGACCCAGUAGAGCUAUAUCGCAAGACGUUGGCGGAAGCGAAGAACAACAGCGUGACUGUUGUGUCGAUUGGUUUCAUGGGAUCGUUGUCUGGCCUUCUCAAUACGACCAGUGAUGAAUACUCCGUGUUGGACGGAUACGAGCUCGUUAAGGCAAAAGUCAAGGAACUAGUUGUCAUGGGCGGUGGUUACUCGCCAGAGCCAUCCAUCGAUGAGGAGUAUAAUUUUGCGAUUCAAAACGCUCCACACGUCAUCAACACAUGGCCCGAUUGUGUUCCGAUGACCUUCCUUGGCGCGGAGGUGGGCGUCGAAGUCCUGUCGGGCGCACGGUUUACUGUCUGCGGACCCCCGAAUGACCCAGUCAAAUCGGCUUGGGAGUACUGGGGGUCCUACAACCACUCGGAAUACUCAUGGGAUUUCUUGACCAUGGUAUAUGCAGGCAAAGGCCUGGGCACUUGGUUCGAGUAUGGAAACGAAAAUGGGUACAACUUUCUGUUCCCGAACGGCAGUAACAUCUGGGUGGAAGACGAACGCCGGACCAGCCAGCACUAUUUGAAGCUCAAGGCGUCGAACGAGACGGUUUCCAAGGAAAUGGAUAAUCUCUUACUGCGCGGCGCGUGGACCCACGCCCAAGUGGACUGAAGCCUCGUACUAUCGAAAGAAGUGUUCUACUAAGCUCAGGCUUUUCAGGCUUUUCAGCGGUUCGCACGGCUCGUCUAUGUCCAUUCAAGACUACCUCUCCAGGCAUCCAGGUUACCAAGUGUGACAAUCAUAGAGCCCUACGA